GCGGGCGGGCGGCAGGUAAGGGGAGCACGGAGCGGCGUGGGGGCUUUCGUGGCAGUAGCGUUGUUGCUGCUCCGGGUAUGCCUGUUCGCCGGGCCUCCUCUUGAAACCCGCCCGAGGUUUCUGGCCGGUGCUCUCCUGCUGGAGCCCUUCGCCCGGUACCUGGAUGGAAAGAAGUUGAUGGUGGCCCGAGAUAUUUGUGGUGGUAAAAGACUUGAACUGCAGCUGAAUAAAACCAGGGCUGAAAAUUGAAGGAUGGCAGCAAAUCCUUCAGGACAAGGUUUCCAGAAUAAAAAUAGGGUUGCAAUCCUGGCAGAACUAGACAAGGAGAAGAGAAAGUUACUUAUGCAAAACCAGUCUUCCACAAAUCACCCUGGAGCCAGCAUUGCACUUGCAAGAUCACCCCUGAACAAGGAUUUCCGUGAUCAUGCAGAGCAGCAGCACAUCGCAGCACAGCAGAAGGCUGCACUGCAGCACGCACACGCACAUUCCUCAGGAUACUUCAUAACUCAAGACUCUGCAUUUGGAAAUCUUAUUCUUCCUGUCUUACCUCGACUUGAGGCAGAAUGAGGAAUGUUGUUUCUCAGAACUGCAAGGUCUGAUUUUUGUCCACAGCAGAAACUGUCUGACCUUUUAAUUUCUUUACUUGACUUAAGACCUAUUUUUUUUCUGGAUUUUUGCCUAUUGGGAGUGUGACAUCUAACAACGAAAAAGCAAUGUUGUUGAACAGCAAUUUUUAUCCUAUAUUUCUGCUCCUGUGUCGGGUCAAAGACAGACUUAAGACUUCCUUGGUGUGUGAAGUGCAGAGUGCUUGCUCUUCCGUGUUUCUGUGCUUCCUUUAAAUAAACAUACAAACCUGAGUCAUCAACAGAUGCACACUCUGUCGGCAUGUGUGUUUCUUAUUAUUGUGUACAGGUACUACACUUGACUUCAGUGAGAGGCGAAAGUUACUUUUGUCCAUCAAAACAGACAUGAAUUUGUCUAAUGCAUCGCUCAGUCCCUUUUUUUUCUCCUUUUUUUUCCCCUCUGUAUGCAGGAACAUUGCUAGUGUACUGUUUGUGGUACCAUCUGGUGUCACGUCCUUAGCUAUAGUGUGCCUGCCUCUUAUUUUGUUUUGUGAGAUGUGAAAAUUAGUUAAAGUGGGGAAAAAGCAAUUGUUUCAAACAGUCUGUUAACAGACAAAAUAAAAGAAACCGUUUAACUUC